AUGUUUUUAGUAGAUGGACGACACAUCAAGAAAACCUCCGAGGAUUGUCUCACUUUGUCUGCAGACUGUAAAGUGGAAGAUGAGGACAUCACACAGUAUAGUCCAGGAGAAGACUUCUUUACAAGAAACGCCCAACCAGUGCCACCCAGUCUAGAUGGACCAUCGUAUUCCUCUCACUCUGAGGAACCUCAGACUGUGAAGGACGGUGCCGUCCUUCAAGCAGAGAAAAGGUAUUCCUGUCCUGAGUGCGGGAAACGUUUUCACUUUAAAUCCGGCCUUCGUGUUCAUCUAAGGUGCCACUCGGGUGAGAGGCCGUAUUCCUGCACUCAGUGUGGGAAACGUUUUCGUUUUAAUUCCAGUCUCCACGUCCAUCAAAGAUCUCACACGGGGGAGAAGCCGUAUGCCUGUCCUGAGUGCGGGAAACGUUUUCAACGUAAACCCGAUCUCACUGCACAUCAGAGGACUCACACGGGGGAGAAGCCGUUUUCCUGUCCGGACUGUGGUAAAUCUUAUUCGCAGAGGUCUUAUCUUUCUAUACAUCGGAGAAGCCACACAGGCGAGAAGCCUUAUUCCUGCUCUGAUUGCGGGAAAUGUUUCGCAGACAAGUCGAAUCUUACAGUACAUCAGACGACUCACACGGGGGAGAAACCGCAUCCCUGCCCUCAGUGCGGGAAAUGUUUUUCCCAAAAGUCCUACCUUUCUGUCCAUCUAAGAUCUCACACGGGAGAGAAGCCGUAUUCCUGCUCUGAGUGCGGGAAAUGUUAUUCACAGAAAUCACAACUUGUCAUUCACCAGAGGUUGCACACGGGGGAGAAACCAUAUACCUGCCCUGAGUGUGGGAAAUGUUUCUCGCAGAAGUCCUAUCUUUCUGUACAUCAGCGGUCUCACACAGGCGAGAAGCCGUAUUCCUGCUCUGAGUGCGGGAAAUGUUAUUCUCGGAAACUAGAACUUGUCACACAUCAACGAACUCACACGGGGGAGAAACCUUAUUCCUGCCCUGAGUGUGGGAAAUGUUUCCUGCGUAAAACAGACCUCACUACGCAUCAGAGAUUGCACACGGGGGAGAAGCCGUAUUCCUGCCAUGAGUGCGGGAAAAGUUAUUCACAGAGGUCCUACCUUUCUAUACAUCGGAGAUGCCACACGGGUGAGAAGCCGUUUUGUUGCUCUGAGUGCGGGAAAUGUUUUUCCAACAAGUCCAAUCUUUCCAUACAUAAGAGGUGCCACACAGGAGAGAACCUAUAUUCCUGCCCUGAGUGCGGGAAAUGUUAUCCAAGGAAAUCAGACCUCGCCAGACAUCGAAAACUUCACACAGGCGAAAAGCCGUAUUUCUGCCCAGAAUGCAGGAAAGGUUUUUCACAGAAGUCCAACCUUUCCAGACAUCAGAGAUUGCACACGGGAGAGAAGCCGCAUUCCUGUCCUGAGUGCGGGAAAUGUUUUCGUCAUAAACUUUCACUGGACGUACAUCAGAGAUGUCACACAGGGGAGAAGCCCUACUCUUGUCCUGAGUGUGGGAAAUGUUUUAUAGAUAAGUCCAAACUUGUGAGACAUAUGAGGACUCACACGGGAGAGAAGCCGUUCUCCUGCCCCGAGUGCGGGAAAUGUUAUGCAAUGAAAUCGACGCUCGUCAGGCACCUGAGGACUCACACAGGGGAGAAGCCAUAUUCCUGUCCUGAGUGCGGGAAGUGUUUUGCACAACAGUCCUAUGUUUCUGUACAUCGGAGAUGCCACACAGGAGAGAAGCCGUAUUCCUGCCCAGAGUGCGGGAAAUGCUAUUCUCGGAAAUCAGAACUUGUCACGCAUCAGAGAUCUCACACAGGGGAAAAGCCGUAUUCCUGCCCUGAGUGCGGGAAAUGUUUUUUAAGGAAAUCAGAACUAGCUAAACAUAAGAUAUGCCACACGGGGGAGAAGCUGUACAGCUGCCCCGAGUGUGGGAAAUGUUUUUCACAAAAAUCCAAUCUUACUGUGCAUAAAAGAUCUCACACAGGGGAGAAGCCACAUUCCUGCCCCGAGUGCGGGAAAUGUUUCCGUUUGAAGUCCAAUUUUAAUGAGCAUAAAAGAUCUCACACAGGUGAGAAGCCGUAUUCUUGUCCUGAGUGCGGGAAGUGUUUCCGUACUAAAUCCAAACUUAAUAUUCAUAAAAGAUCGCACACAGGUGAGAAGCCAUAUUCCUGUGUUGAGUGCGGAAAAUGUUUCGCUUCUAAAUCCAAUUUUAAUGAACAUAAAAGAACUCACACAGAUGAGAAGCCGUAUUCCUGUCCUGAGUGUGGGAAAGGUUUCAGUUUUAAAUCCAAACUUAGUGAACAUCAAAGGACUCACACAGGGGAAAAGCCAUUUUCCUGCCAUGAUUGUGGGAAAUGUUUUCGAGAGAGGUCCAAUCUUUACAAACAUCAGCGGCUGCACACGGGUGAGAAGCCAUAUUCCUGUCCUGAGUGUGGGAAAUGUUUUUCACAGAAGUCUAAUCUUAACACACAUCAGAGAUCUCACACAGGGGAAAAGCCGUAUUCCUGUUCUGAGUGCGGGAAAUGUUUUUCAUAUAAAUCAAUGCUUUACAACCAUCAGAGAUUGCACAUGGGGGAGAAACCGUAUUCCUGUCCUGAGUGCGGGAAAUGUUUUUCAAGGAAGUCCCAUCUUUCCAGACAUCAGAGAUCUCACACGGGCGAGAAGCCGUAUUCCUGCCCUGUGUGCGGGAAAUGUUUUUCAGAUAAGUCCUACCUUUCCAGACAUCAGAGAUCUCACACGGGGACAAGCCAUGUUUCUGUUCUGAGUGAGGGAAAUGUUCCUCACUGA